UUAUUCACGGCACCACCACCCCCCCUCCUGCACAGCAGUUAUAUUUUCAGUGUUAGUGUUAAUCAGCAGGGUUCAGUGUUAUGUUAACACUUAGUUUAGUCAAGCUAUCACUCAGAGAGUUUUUUCCUGAAAGUGUUGGUGUCAAUUUUGGUCGUUGUGAGGACUCUCACAUGCCGACUGUUGAAUUGACCACACCCCUCAAUUUCCGGCAAAGGAGCGCCAUCCAAGACCUUCGACAGCCAUUUCUCUAACCAAAGCGGAGAAUAGACCUACAUUCGACAUGAACAGGAGGCGCAUUAGGGGACAGAGAGGACAGAGGUGGUGACAUGCUGGUUCCUGUCGAAUACAAGAGUGUGAGCAAAUGGGUCAGGGUACCAAAAGUAGAGGAUGUCUACAAUUACUCUGAGUUCUUACAAUGAGAAAGAGAGUGUGAAGUCUUCUUCAGAGGGAUCAUUCUUAUCUGAUGGGUCAUCAUCAAGCUCGGACUCAACAAUAAGACUAGAAUCUACCAAAGCUUGGAAAAGACAGCUGAUUGAAGGACCCCCUGACAGCAGCAGUGCAAGAGAUAUUGUCAACGCAGCCCUGCAUUCAAAGCCAGGUGGUGACCAAGUCAUCAAGGAAUAUGAGAAAAAAAAGAGUCUUUGUGAUGGUACAAGAAGAAAAAUGAUCAAUAAACUUGUGGCAGACAUGGUAGAGAGCCAUGGGAGGAUCCCUCCAGCCCAUGUCCGCAUUACCUACACACUUGGCAUUAAAAACGUUGUUCCCAAAUUUAAAAGACCCCGAUUCAAAGAAUGGUUAUGAGUAUUUCUAUGAUCACCAGAGUGGUUCUGGUUACCUGGCAUGGAGGCUGAAAACUGUGCAGCGCAACUCGGCUCAAGAAAUCGAGAAAUCCAAGGUCUCUUUUCAAGGCGGACCUAAGACUCAUCGCAUCAUGCAUUCACCUGUGAGGCAGUUAUCAGGUGAUGAAGGCAAUGAAGCUAUGUCGGUGAUGAGGCACUCAAGUGACAUAACCCUGGUCCAAGACAAAAUGAAGGCAACAUUUCAGCAAAGACAAAAGGUUGUUCAAGACCGAGCCACAGCCUCCACUGUCCUAGACCUUUUUCCAAGAUUCCUGGACACAUCAGGCUUGAUUGAACAAGACUUCACUAUGCUCUUUGGCGAGGAAGUCUCUGGUAAAUUUCUUGCGAAAUGGCCAACGUUCUUCAAACCAAGGAUCAUUGCAGAUUGCAAAAAUCUUCCUGGAAGUUUGCACGUGGAUGAGCUUAUUUUGUCUGCACAACAAGAAUCUGAUGAUGGUGUAUGGGACUGUGAGGUGGCUGCCAUCCUUCUGCUUCUUCACCUGUUGCCGCCAACAUCCAAGGGCAAGAAGUCACGUGUCAAGAUUAGUGCAAAGGAUGCUGCUGGCCGCCUGGUGAAGUUCUUAAGGGUCAGGAAAUGCAUUGAGACCUUCCUCAAGGACACUGGCCUCCUGUGUGUUGGAGAAAGAAACGACAGCAUCCAACAUUUCUACAUCGUCAUGGACCAAAAGGCCAUUCCUGUAAGACGCAGACUGGAGUUGCUGCCUUUGACGAGCUCUUCAAGGCACAUUUUGCUUUUGAUGUGUCUUAUGAUGAAGCACUAUGCAACUUCUACACAUUCAUCCAGACAACCGUGUAUGGCAUUGAUGUUGGAAGUGUGAAGGAGAGUCCUCGAGUCAAGGAAAUUGGAGCAAGACUUCUUCACAGUUCAGUUUGAAAGGCAGUCCUUUCUGACUUGAACUAAUGUUCACAUGUUACAUUUGCAAGGUACACCACAUAAACUGUUCAGUGUUAUUUAGACAUUUGAAGUUUCAGCAUGGUUUGUACCCAGGAAGGUCUUUGCGUUUGCACUGUGGAGAGCUUGGAUGUUCAAUUGUGUUUUGCACAUACUCUGGUUACAAGCGGCACCUAUCUCGAGCACAUGAACACAGUGUUGAUCUAGAUGUCGCCAGCCAUGUUGAGUUUGAACCUGGAGCUUUUGUUGGAGCUUCUGUUUCACAGCCAGUUAAUGUGGAUUCUCCUGUGACGGUCACUACACACAUCCCGAUGGAGAAAAGGAAAUUACUAGACAUGUGCAGCUCAGUUAUUGCUCAAGUACAAGCAUCAGGAGUUCCUGAAAGUACUGUGCAAUGUUUAGUUGGUUCGAUGGAGGAACUGGUUAAGGACAUCCAUGCCCAUGCAAAAUAAGCUGUUGUUGAAUGUUUGUCAUCUGAAGCAUCUAAAGAAACCCUAGAAAAAGUUGAGAAUUAUUUUGAUCAGCUUGGGAAUCCUUUUUCAUGUCUUAACACAGAAUCUAAACGGAAGUAGGCAUUUUGAGGAGAAAUGGAAAAUAGUUCAACCUGUCGAGUAUAGUCUUGGUGUGCGUUUUGAUACACGCAGAGAUAAAACAACAGGACUAUACAGGCAAUUUCCUGUCAAUGAUAAGUUCAUGUAUGUACCCAUCAUGGGGUCUCUUUCAUCUAUGUUUAAGAACACAGAACUUUGUAACAGUUUUCAAAGAGCUAAACAACACCAGGAGGGCUUUUACAGAGAUUUAAACGAUGGCGCGUACUUCAGGAACCACUGUUUAUUCUCACAACAAGAAAAUGCUAUGCAGAUACAGCUCUACUAUGAUGAUUUUGAGACCGCUAAUCCAUUAGGCUCAAAAAAGGGUGUGCACAAACUUGGCUGUGUUUAUUUUAUUUUGAGAAAUUUCCCUCCAAAGCUUAAUUCUGUGUUGAUGAACAUUCAUCUUGUAUCUCUGUUUCACUCAGAAGACUUAAAGAAAUAUGCAGAGU